GGGAAUUCUAAUCAAAUAUGUACAUACGUUGACAAUUGGUACUGCUAAGCAAAAUAAUAUUCUGCGACAAAAUACAUCUUUCUUAAAAUCAAAACUAUAUUAAAUCUCUUUAAAUAAAUAUUAGAAACACACGUUAAAGUCACUAAAAUAUCUGAUCUCGCAAAAACCCACUAAUUUCGCAAUAUAUUUCUGCGGGAUUCUUCGUGGUAGUUAAUUGUUUUGCUUGUCAUCUGUGCAGUAGCUCAUGAACUCGUGGUUUACUUCGCAGCACUGAAAGUUCAUGAGCUCUCUCAGAAGGCAAAGAGAGGAAUUUCGGAUAAUUUUAUCUAUGGUAAAAUGUGUAUUAGUGAAAAUCUUAGGAUUGGUUACUUGUAGAUUUAUACAAUGAUUAGAUAUAAAGAUAAGUGUAUAGCCAUUAAAUUGGGACUUUUAUUUGAGUAACAAGAUAGACUAUUUAUCGAGAAAUCAGUUACAUUAUUUCAACCCAUUUAUAAUAGAGCUGGCAACCUUUACGGCUGUUUUUCAGAAUCAUGCAAUUGUAGUAAUUUGUAUUAAGAAUUAAAAAAGUUAUGAGUAUCGGAUUAAAGUUUGUUGCCAAUUUGCGAUAUGAAAUUUCAAAGUAUUUCGUUCGAAGCACGUGCAAAAUUGCUGUGGAGGUAGAACCGAGUCUUAUUGAAAAAUUAGAGAAUGCAGAGAUAAAAGCGAGGCAUCAUCCUGGUAGAGCAAAAAUUGGGAAAAUUGAGUUACCCUUAAACCUCCGCCAUGCUUUGGAACGUGUCACCGGAGAUUACCCGAUAAAAACCUUGUUGAAAGAUUGCAAACAGCUAGAUCAAUAUAUAGGUUCCCGACAUCCUCCGAUUGAACAGGAAGAAUUAAAUGGGAAAAUGAAGUCCAUUACGAAAGAAGUUGAUAAUCGGAUGCCGCCGGGGAAGUUGUCUUCACUAGGAGAAGAAAGCGCUGUUAAUUGGUGGAGGAUACGGGAAAAGUUAAUAAAGCGCUUAAUGGCACAACGAAACUAUUCUUGGAAGCCGAUUGAAUAUGGUACAUAUGAAUCUUUGGUUUACGCAAUUGGCCGCGGUGCAAAGGAGUAUAGUGUAUUAACGAGUAUAUUAAAUGAAUUACGAGUGCGUGAUCAAUCGUUCCAGCCUAGAAGUUACUUUGAUUUUGGUUCGGGAGUGGGCACUGGUAUGUGGGCGGCUAGUAAUUUGUGGAAAGAUACCAUAUUUGAGUAUUACAAUGUUGAUAGUUCCCGCCAUAUGAAUGACCUGUCGGAAUUAAUAUUACGUGAAGGUAAUGAAAAUGAACAAAUAUUACUGCGCAAUGUUUACUACAGACAGUUCCUACCUGCCAUAGAGACGUUGUAUGAUUUGGUAGUAUUAUCAUACACUCUUUUUGAGCUGCCGAACAUAGAAAGUCGCAGAGAUGUGUUACUGAACUUGUGGAAGAAAUGCAGUGGUUACAUGGUCAUUAUCGAAGAAGGUACUAGACGUGGAAGUGAGUUAGUUAACGAAGCUCGCGAUUUUAUUUUAAACCUUAAUAGCGAGGAAUUAAAAGGCGAAGUUUUUGCACCGUGUUCCCACAACUUAACAUGUCCUCGGCUUUCUAAUAAUGGUGAUAGAACGCCUUGUAAUUUUGAAGUUCGUUAUGUGCCUUUGCAUUUGGGAGGUGUAAAAAAUAAUAGUCUGACUACUCGUUAUUCUUACGUUGUUUUGAAGAAAGGCAAGAUAUCAGAUGCGACUCGCAAGUGGCCAAGGUUAGUACGACCGACGUUAUUGCGCUCAAAACACAUAAUAUGUAGGAUGUGUACAGAAGAUGCGAAAUUGCAGGAAGUAAUAUUUACACAUUCUAAACAUGGAAGACAUGCCUAUCGAUGUGCCAAGGCGAGUGAUUGGGGUGACAGGUUACCAAUUAAAUUGGGCGAUCAAUUACCAACAAUAAGAAAAACAGUAAAUAGUAAUGACGAAUGAAUAAAUUAUAAAAAUCAUACAUGUUUAAGAGAAAGAAAACAAAAAAAAAAUAGAAAAUUGA